ACCCACACCCCUCCAUGGAGCUCCGUGCACUGCUGUGCCCUGUUAGUGGUAUAAAACGUAUUGAAGGCUCUCUUGCCGUCGGUGUUAGUGGCAUUGCCUUUCAGGAUUUGAAAGGAUUUGCAGAAGCCAUUCAUGCCAUUUUGGUUUACAGCCAAAAUGUAGAAGAACUUUUGAGACGCAGAAAAGUUUAUCGAGAAAUAAUUUUUAAGUAUUUGGCAGCACAAGGGAUUCCAGUGCCUCCUUCCUCUGAGAAACAUCUCCUCAUUGACCGUGUAAGGCAGUACUGGAGUGGGCAGCCCACAGCAAGUGCCUCAGAGUCAGGCCAGGGAAAACCACACACAGAGGAUAUGCAUAUUCAACAGAGUCGUGGAGAGGGACAAAAGUCAUUGCAAGAUAACAUUCAUGAUCUAGGAGGAGAAUUCUGUCAGUGGUACUUUGAACUCUUGAAUUCUCAACAUCCUUUGGGAGUGAAAUCUGAAGAAAAAUGGGGACCACAGCAUUUUUGGGAGGAUGCCAAAAUGAAGUUCUGUUACAACACAUUAGAAAGAAACAUGGAACAAUACGUUGGCGCAGAUAUGGUGAGCCUUCGUCUGCUCUCACUGGUUAAAGAAGAGUAUCUUCUAUUCAACCCUAAUUUGCAUCCCAGUGGACUGAAAUGUGCCAUGUCUCCACAUGGUUUGGUGCUGGUAGCAGUGGCUGGUACAGUACAUAGAGAUAACACUUGUUUGGGCAUUUUUGAACAAAUUUUUGGACUCAUUCGCUGUCCCAUUAGGAAUAAUACCUGGAAAAUAAAAGCUGUGAAUCUUAAAAUAGUUGGACAGAAUGCUCUGGAGCCUGGGAUGGAUAUUGAAAAACCCUCCAUAAAAUAUGAGUCAAACCAACUGCAAGAGUUCUAUGAUGGGAGAGAACUGACUGUGUUUGAACCUCAGAGAUUCUGA